UUGCCACUUUUCCCUCACUGCAGUACGCUGUCUACCUACCGAAGUUCGUUCGCGGCCCAUGGAAGGGCAGAAGAUGUCGAGCAAAAAAUCUUCAAAAAUUACAGUGGAGCAAUUCAUCUCCACCAUGCUCCCUUUGAUCGAUAUGGAGAAGGAGGCUGAAAUAUCAGCAUCUCUUGGUUUGUCGUCAACAAGGAGUUCGUCUGCUUCUCAGAAAAGAGGCUCCACAAUUUUUAAUCUUAAAUGUACAGAUGCUCAGACGGGAUUAAUGGGGAAGACCCUUCUUGAGUUUCAGCCUAAUAAGGGUGUUGUUCUCCCUGCACACAAGUUUUCCACUCAUGAUGUGGUUGUUCUGAAACCAAACAAAGCUGAUCAAGGUUGUUCUUCACUUGGACAGGGUGUAGUUUAUCGCUUGAAGGAUUCUUCUAUUACUGUUGCUUUUGAUGAAAUUCCUGAUGAUGGAUUGAACAGCCCUUUGCGUCUUGAGAAGGUUGCUAAUGAGGUAACCUACAGCAGGAUGAAGGAUGCCUUGAUUCAACUCAGCAAGCAUAAGGGUCCAGCUAUAGAAAUGAUUCCCGUUUUAUUUGGAGAGAAAUUGCCCACUUCUACAAAGAAGAUUAUGCAAUAUUCUCCCUUCAACAAAAAUCUUGAUUGUUCUCAGAGGGAUGCUGUCUCAAAAGCCCUAUCUUCAGGGAAUGUUUUUUUGCUUCAUGGUCCUCCUGGAACUGGCAAAACAACAACUAUAGUGGAGAUAAUACUGCAAGAAAUUAAACGUGGUUCCAAGAUUCUUGCCUGCGCUGCUUCCAAUAUUGCUGUUGAUAACAUUGUUGAGCGACUUUUUCCAUUCAGAGUUAGGUUGGUGAGGUUGGGGCAUCCUGCACGUUUGCUACCCCAGGUACUGGAGAGUGCCCUUGACGCACAGGUUCUAAGAGGGGAUAACAAUACCCUGGCAAAGGACAUUCGCAAGGAAAUGAAGGUUUUGAAUGAGAAGAUGCUGAAGUCCAAGGACAGGAAUUUGAGGAGGGAUAUCAGGAAAGAGCUGAGGACACUUUCUAAAGAAGAGAGAAGAAGACAACAAUUAGCAGUCACAGAUGUUAUAAAAAAUGCAGACGUUGUUCUAACAACAUUAACCGGUGCUGCUUCUCACCAAUUGGAUAAAAUUAUGUUUGAUUUAGUUGUAAUUGACGAAGCUGCUCAGGCCCUUGAGGCAGCAUGCUGGGUUGCUUUGUUAAAGGGAUCUAAGUGUAUACUUGCUGGAGACCAUCUCCAGCUCCCCCCUACAAUCCAAAGUACCGAAGCUGAGAAGAUGGGCUUAGGAAGAACCCUAUUUGAACGAUUAGCUGACCUGCAUGGAGGGGAGGUUAUGUCUAUGCUUACAGUCCAGUACAGAAUGCACGAACUUAUAAUGAGCUGGUCAUCUGGUGAAUUCUAUGGUGGUAAGAUACAAGCCCAUUCAUCUGUUGCUGAGCAUAGGCUUUGGGAUCUUGAAAAUGUGGAGAGGUCAUCUUCAACGGAACCAACUCUUAUAAUUGUGGACACGGCAGGGUUUGAAAUGGAAGAGAAAAAAGACGAGGAAGAUAGCACACUAAAUGAGGGUGAAGCAACAAUUGCAAUAGGUCAUGCUCUGAGACUGGUUGAGAGUGGCGUUCAGGGAUGCGAUAUAGGGAUCAUCACUCCCUAUUCUGCACAGGUCACAUAUCUUAAGGUCUUGCGUGGUACAGAAGCCAAAUUGAAAGAUGUUGAAAUUUCUACAGUUGAUGGAUUCCAAGGUAGGGAAAAAGAAGCCAUCAUCAUUUCCAUGGUCCGUUCAAACCUAAAAAAGGAGGUGGGCUUUCUCACUGAUCAUCGUCGCAUGAAUGUGGCAAUCACUCGUUCCAGAAGGCAGUGUUGUCUGGUCUGCGAUACUGAAACUGUUUCUCAGGAUGACUUCUUGAAACAGUUAGUUCAGUAUUUUCAAGAGCAUGGAGAUUAUCUGAGUGCAUCAGAAUACGGGCAUUGAAUAUGGAGGUUUGCUUUAAGAUUUGCAUUAGUUUUUAUCUAGAUUUAUGUGCAUAUCAUCGAAGUUUGUAAUUUCUUAAUUUUGAGAUUCGAUGAUUGAUUGCAACUAUGAUUUUUAAAACCCUCAUAAAAAUGGUAUCACAAUUAGUAUGAGGGAAAAAAAUUGUGUACGUAAGACCUACGCAGCGCUGCGUACGUUUUUGGAGGUUAUAUAGAGGGUAUAUGGGGGUUAUAUCUGCGUUAUACCCCCUUGUAACCUACAUGUAACCUUCUGUAACCUACAUGUAACCUAUAAAUAAGUUUUGCGCUUCUCUUUUCAUAUAGUAAAAACUUAUUUGAAUGUUACAGGUAGGUUACAUGGAAGUUACAAGGGGGUAUAACACGGAUAUAACCCCAUUAUACCCCUUAUAUAACCUCCACAAUGUACGCAGCUCUACGUACGUCUUACGUACGCAAAUUUUUUCCCAGUAUGAGAGCUUGAAAUGCCAAGAUGUGAAUGGACGGUC